AUGAUUUCUAGCAGUCAACCAAGUGAGAGUCCAAAAAUUAGCCCCAGCCUCUUUGCUCAAUCGUCUUCUACUCUGCGUGGCGGCACUCAGGAACCAGAGAAGCCAGAACAUGGAUUCGAAGAGUUUAUGGACAGUAUUCAAGGUUCUAACCGAAUUGAGAAUGUCUUGAUCUCAUCAUCUCCUAAUAUAAGGCACAAAAGGGACAGGUCACCAUCGUCACCAACAUUACCACAGCCGUUGAAUGUAUCACCUGUCAAGCUGGUAACCAAGGGCCUGCAAAAUGCUGGCAGUAUCGCAGGGUCCGAUCGCCCCCCAAAGAAACUCAAGGAGUCGCAUGCGGAGCCAGAAAGUGAAACACGGUUUUAUUAUCAGUGCAAAUCAGGUCAGGAUUUGCUUCUUCCAGUUGCUGUUAAUGACACAGUAAUCCGUCUCCGAACGAAAAAGGAGAUGGAGGAAUCUGGAAAGCAGUCAAAAUAUGAUGUUUUCGAUGGGCCUUGGACGGUCCUUGGCAUCUCAGAAACAUCAUUCCCUCUUAGCUUUGACUUCUUUGUUCUCGAGGAGGAGGAUUCUGAUUCUACAGUAUCUCGACAAGCUAAGUGGGACAAAAUGCUGACAACUAAGGUCAAACUGAACUUCCCAGAGGGAUCGAUGGCAGACUCGUGGGUGGAAAUCUCAAGGCUUCUUCCAGCCAUUGAUCACAAGGCUGUCGGUGAUUCAUAUGAGGUUGUUAAGAUCCGGCAGAAGCGCCUUAGAUUAUACACCAGGGCUGAAGCCAAACAAAUGGAGGCUACACAAUACGAUGACAAGUGGGUAAAGACGCUUUUGGCUCAACAUGGCCAUAUUGCGCGGAAUAAGAUAAUCGUUGACGAGUAUUUGUGCAGUUGGGCUGGAUGA